CUGCAUCACUGGUGAGGCCACGUGCUCUCUGUUUAUCAUCAGGAAGGGGAGGGAGAGAUGGAGGGGGAGAGAGAGAUGAAGUCUGUGCCUCUCUCUCUCAUUUUGUCUGGUGCACCCGCAGACGGACACACAAACUGAGCUUUGUACCCUCGUCCAAACCUUAUUAUCCUGAGGGACGCACACAGGGACACAUCGAACCAGCCUGAAGUGACCGGAGAAGCUCAACCACUCCACAGAUGGGGCCUGGAUUGUUUUGGAACUUCCCUCCCAAGGCUGCUGGCUGCACGGUUCCACAGAGCCUCCUGCAGACCAUGUUGCUGACCAGGAUGGCGGGGAUGAAGGAGCAGCAGUUCACGGAGGAGAAGCCCCUGCUGCCGGAGCAGAGAGGAGCGGACUCAGACAUGACACAGCAGGAUAAAGGGGAUGAGGCCUCGGGGGGGCUCCCCUGCCCCGCCAGCCCCGCGCCCCUUAACCACCCCUCUCCCCCCAGCCGCCCCACUCACCGUUGGCAUGUCAUCGCACGGCACUGGCUCCGCCAGACCCGCCGUCGGACCAGCGGGGUCAUCCCGGAAAGCUGUGAACAGCUGAUGCCUGCAGGGGAUUGGAAGGAACAUGAUGUGGAGACUCCUUAUGGGAUGCUGCAUGUGGUUAUCCGCGGGGCGCCCAAAGGGAACAAGCCUGCGAUCCUCACCUACCACGACGUGGGACUGAACCACAAGCUGUGCUUCAACUCCUUCUUCAACAACGAGGACAUGCAGGAGAUCACCAAGCACUUUGUGGUCUGUCACGUCGACGCCCCGGGGCAGCAGGUCGGAGCGUCUCAGAUGCCACAGGGGUACCAGUAUCCCACCAUGGACCAGUUGGCCGGGAUGUUGCCGACUGUGGUGCAGCACUUUGGAUUUAAGAGCAUCGUUGGGAUCGGAGUUGGAGCUGGAGCUUACGUUCUGGCCAAGUUCGCUCUGAUCUUCCCCGACCUGGUGGAGGGUUUGGUUCUGCUCAACAUCGACCCCAAUGGCAAAGGAUGGAUCGACUGGGCUGCCACCAAGCUGUCAGGUCUGACCAGCACGCUGCCGGACGUGGUGCUGCCACAUCUUUUCAGUCAGGAGGAGCUGAUGAACAACACAGAGCUGGUGCAGAGCUACCGACAACAGAUCAACAACACAGUCAACCUGUUCAACCUGCAGCUCUUCUGGAACAUGUACAACAGUCGUAGGGACCUGGAGAUGAAUCGCAGCGGGACGGUGCUCAACGCCAAGACCCUGAAGUGUCCCACGAUGCUGGUGGUAGGAGACAACGCUCCGGCUGAGGAAGGAGUGGUUGAGUGCAACUCCAAACUGGAUCCGACCAACACCACCUUCCUGAAGAUGGCCGAUUCUGGUGGACUCCCCCAGCUCACACAGCCUGGAAAGCUGACUGAAGCCUUCAAGUAUUUCCUGCAGGGAAUGGGCUACAUCGCUUAUGUGAAGGAUCGGAGGUUGAGUGGAGGGCCAGUGCCCUCCGCCAGCAUGACCCGCCUGGUGCGCUCCAGGACGGCCUCCCUGACCAGCGCCAGCUCCAUCGACGGGUCGCGCUCUCGGGCCUGCACCCACUCCGACAGCACCGAGGGGGUGGGCCCGGUCACCCACACCAUGGAGGUGUCCUGCUGAAGGGUCAUGGAAGGAGGGAGGGAGGGGGGGGAGAGGGAUGGAGAGAGGGGUGGGGAGGUGGGGGAGGUGGGGAGGUGUUUUUAAAGAAGUGAAGGAGACAGAAUUGAGACAGCUCUCUCUGUCGGCCAUCUUCUCCCCCCCGCCCACUGUAUAAUAUCAUAUGUAUUCCUACUAAACCCCCCACACCUUAUGAAUAUCCACUUCAACUCCACCCUCGUUGCCCAUCACAAUAUAGGCAACUGUUUUUGUUCUUGUGUUUGCUAAUUGUCUCCUCAUUCGUUGCCUGCGUCCUUCCUU